GGCGCUGCCAGCGUAUGUCACUUUUGUAGAACAGUUUGGGGUUGUAUAGCUGCCAAAAUCGUGCCGUGAAAAACUCGAUGCAGCAGAAGAAAAAUAGUGUCGUGCGUGCUAAAUGUUUAUCAAUUGUGCUCUGUGAAUUGCAGUGAGUGCCCUGCAGUGUGACACAGGUGGACAAUGUCGACGUGAUUGCCGGAGAAGCGGAGUGAAAGUUGACCUCUGUGUGAAUUUGCUCGAGUUGUGUGUCGCAGUGCCUCCAAUUUUGCCCACUUCUCACCACAAAACCCCCCGGAAGGCUCGACUGUCGGCCAGGAGCCUCGUGACUGGAUGAUGCACAUUGGCGCCGUGUGAGGUGUUUCCAGUGAGUGAGAGUGUGCAAGAACCACGUGAAGGAUGUCUUCGGCCACGUUCAGUGGCGCCCCGCAGGCGAAUGUGGUGAAGGAGGGCUGGCUGUACAAGCGCGGGGAGCACAUCAAGAAUUGGCGAUCGCGAUACUUUGUACUGCGCGACGAUGGCACGCUGAUGGGCUACAAAACGCGGCCCGACACUUCGGCACCCGCGGAGCGUCUCAACAAUUUCACAGUGAAAGAUUGCCAAAUAAUGUCGUUCGAUCGACCAAAGCCCUACACAUUCAUCAUCCGCGGCCUCCAGCUCACCACUAUCAUCGAGAGGAUGUUUCACGUGGAGACGGAUCACGAGCGGCAGGAGUGGGUGGACGCUAUUCGCUACGUGGCGAACAGGCUGCGCGAGCUGGGCGACUCCGCGUCUGCCAGCACAGACAUGAUUGACGUGGACAUGGCUUCGAUAGCCGAGGAUGAGCUGUCGGAGAAGUUCUCAGUGCAGGGAACUUCGUCCGUGAAGGCCAGCGGCAAGAAGAAAGUCACACUGGAAAACUUCGAGUUCCUCAAAGUGCUGGGCAAGGGAACAUUCGGAAAGGUGAUUCUGUGUCGUGAGAAGGCAACAUCCAAGCUGUAUGCGAUAAAGAUUCUGAAGAAGGAAGUCAUCAUACAGAAGGACGAAGUGGCGCACACAUUGACAGAGAACAGAGUUCUUAGAACGACAAACCAUCCCUUCCUAAUUUCCCUCAAAUAUUCAUUUCAAACUGCCGACAGACUCUGCUUUGUGAUGCAGUACGUGAAUGGUGGCGAGCUGUUCUUUCACUUGAGCAGAGAACGUGUCUUCUCCGAGGAUCGAACGCGAUUCUAUGGUGCUGAAAUCAUUUCAGCUCUCGGGUACUUGCAUUCUCAGGGUAUCAUCUAUCGGGACUUAAAGCUGGAGAAUUUGCUCUUGGACAAGGAUGGUCACAUCAAGAUUGCCGACUUUGGCCUCUGCAAGGAGGACAUCACGUAUGGGCGGACGACAAAGACUUUCUGCGGCACGCCAGAGUAUCUGGCGCCCGAAGUGCUGGAGGACAAUGACUACGGACGGGCUGUGGACUGGUGGGGCACAGGUGUGGUAAUGUACGAGAUGAUCUGUGGUCGACUGCCGUUCUACAAUCGCGAUCACGAUGUGCUGUUUGCGCUCAUUCUCAUGGAGGAAGUGAGAUUCCCGCGGAAUAUAUCACAAGAGGCCAGAAGUCUCCUCACUGGCUUCCUCGCCAAGAUCCCAUCGCAAAGGCUGGGCGGUGGUCCUGAUGAUGUGAAGGAGAUCCAGGCUCAUCCCUUCUUUGCCAGCAUCAAUUGGACUGAUUUAGAGCAGAAGAAGAUUCCUCCACCAUUCAAACCUCAAGUGACAAAUGACACGGACACCCGAUACUUUGACUCGGAGUUCACCGGCGAGAGUGUCGAGCUGACGCCUCCGGAUGGGGCAGCGCCACUUGGUUCCAUUCCCGAGGAGCCUUUUCCACAGUUCACGUAUCAAGACAUGGCAUCGACGCUGGGCACUUCUUCUCACAUCAGCAGCUCAGCCAGCCUCACGUCGAUGCAGUGAAUGCCGAGAGAACUCAGGAGACGGACGAGAUUUGAGCGCUUUCUCGUGGGCCGAAUGUAGAGCACCUGUGAGAGUUACCCUCGUGGGCGAAGGAUGGGCCAGACUUGCAGAUAAGGUAACACAAUUUCAACAACAGCAACAAAACAGCAACAGUAGUUGAGCCGGAGAGUGGAGAGAGAGAGAGAGAGAGAGAGGAUUUGCGAGGGCGCCCAGGGCAGGCCAGAGAGUGGGAGGAAAUUCAUCACUUGAUACCACACAGAUGUGAUUCACGAGGGCGUAAACGCCCAGCAUUGUUGAAUUUUCAUCUCUUUUGAGACACAGAAGAUGAUAAAAGGGCCUUGAAUGAGCAAACCAAUAGCCAUUGAAUUGUACAUUUAUCCCUCAAAUUAUUCUUGAGUUUACUGUAAUGGUUUAAUUGUAUAUCGUGUAGUUUGUGGGGGAAAACAAGGGUUGGGAAUUGGGUGUCAGUUGGUGAAUUUGCCACUUCCUGGGCCGCAGCGUUUUUAUCUAAAAUUGUAAUAUUGAGAAAGAGAAAAAAAAGUGAGGGAGUGGAAACCCUUUUUAGGCGUUUAAAUUGGCAAGUAAAAUUAAGGCAGAGAUAAUGCGUAAAUUUAAGAGAAAAAAAAAAGUUUCCCAUCAAAAU